GAAAACCCGGCAAAUCCAAUCCGGGAAAACGCUAUGCCGCGAGCUAUGGAUUCCGAGGCCUAAACCGCGGCAAAAACGUGCCCAAGCCCAACUCCCGCGCGGCGCCGAAGCAGAGGUGGCGAUUCCCAACUCUUGCUGCGAAGUCAGCGCUCGCGAUCGCCUACUCGGCUACUCGGCUACUCCUCCUCCUCCUCUCCCCAUCUCGUGCCGUGCGUUGGUACGCUUCAUGGGCGCAGAUGCCUCCCUCGAGAUCGCUCGCGUGCCUUCUGCUGCCGCCGCUGCUGCUGCUGCUCGAGUCCGUGCGGGACGCGGACGCGGGGCCCCUGGCCGUGGAGAUCGUGCGGCCCAGCUUCACGGCGACUAGCUACGACUACGUCGACACCGGCGGCGCGUUCUUGGUGUCCAGGAACGGCUCGUUCAGGGCGGCGGUGUUCAACCCCGGGAAGCAGCAGGCCAGCUUCUACCUCGCCGUGCUGCACGCGCCGUCGGGGACGCCCGUCUGGUCGGCCAACCGCGACGCGCCGACGAGCUCGACCGGUAAGGUCCAGCUCUCUGUGGGAGGGAUCACCGUGUCGGACGCCAAUGGGACGGUGCUGUGGUCAACGCCGCCGCUGCGGUCCCCCGUCGCGGCGCUCCGCCUGCAGGACACCGGGGACCUGCAGCUGCUGGACGCCGGGAACGCCACGCUGUGGCGGUCGUUCGAUAACGCCACCGACACGCUGCUGCCCGGGCAGCAGCUGCUCGCCGGAGCAUACCUGUCGUCGGCGAAGGGCGCUACCGAUUUCUCCCAGGGGGACUACCGGUUCGGCGUGAUCACCGCCGACGUGCUGUUGACGUGGCAGGGGUCCACCUACUGGCGGCUGUCGAACGACGCCCGGGGGUUCAAGGAUACCAACGCCGCCGUGGCGUCCAUGUCGGUGAACGCGUCGGGGCUGUUCGCGGUCGCCGCCGACGGCGCUAUGGUGUUCCGGGUGGGCCUCGCGCCGGCGGAGUUCCGCAUGCUGAAGCUGGGGAGCGACGGCCGGCUGCGCAUCAUCAGCUACGCGCUCGUGAACUCCUCGGCGCCGGUCGGCGGCGACUUCAUCGCCCCAGCCGGCGACUGCGACCUCCCGCUGCAGUGCCCGUCCCUCGGUUACUGUUCACCGGCGGGCAACGGCUCAACCUGCACGUGCCCGCCGCUCUUCGCCGCAUCCGUGACAGUUGCCGGCUCGUGCACGCCGGGGGACGGCUCGACGCUCGCGUCGCCGGCCGCGUGUCAGAACAACGACAGUAGCAGCGGCGGCGCCUCCGUUUCAUACAUCGCCCUCAAGCCGCUGACCUCCUACUUCGCCACGAAGUUCGACGCCCCGACGAACACCGGCGUCAACAAGACGGCGUGUCGCGCGCUCUGCACCGCCAGCUGCGCUUGCCUCGGCUUCUUCCACGACAGCGUCUCCCUGAGCUGCCGCUUGAUCGGAGGAAAGCAGCUCGGCUCGCUGUACAAGGGCGCAUCAGAUACAAACCUGGGAUACAUCAAGACGUUCAACUCCGCAACCAAGGCCGGGAGCAACCAAAUCGGCUCGUCGUCGGCGAACCACACCGUGCCGAUCGUCCUGCCGUCCGUCGCGGCGUUCCUUCUCCUCGCCGUGCUCGGAUGGUAUAUAUGGUGGAGGAACAAGAUGAGCAAGAACGGCAGGAAAAAGAAGGGCAAGAGCUCCACCAUGAAAGUGUACUUGGGCCGUCAGAAGUCGCCGUCCAGGGACACCGGCUAUAACGCGGACGCUGACGACGACGGCGGCGGCGACGAUGACGACAUCGUCAUACCGGGCAUGCCGGCGAGGUUUAGCUACCAGGAGAUUACAACGAUGACCUCCAAUUUCGCGACGAAGGUGGGAUCCGGCGGGUUCGGCACCGUGUACAAAGGGGAGCUUCCAGGCGGCGAGGGGCUCAUCGCCGUGAAAAAGCUCGAGGCCGCCGGCGUGCAGGCCAAGCGGGAGUUCUGCACGGAGAUCACCAUCAUCGGCAACAUCCGCCACGUCAACCUCGUCCGCCUCCGCGGCUUCUGCGCCGAGGGUUCCCGCCGGCUGCUCGUCUACGAGUACAUGAACCGGGGCUCGCUCGACCGGUCACUGUUCGGCCGCACGGGGCCGGUGCUGGAGUGGGGGGAGCGCAUGGAGGUGGCGAUCGGCGCGGCGCGCGGGCUGGCGUACCUGCACACCGGGUGCGAGCAGAAGAUCGUGCACUGCGACGUCAAGCCGGAGAACAUCCUGCUCGCCAACGGCGGCCAGGUGAAGAUCUCGGACUUCGGCCUCGCCAAGCUGAUGUCGCGGGAGCAGUCGGCGCUGUUCACCACCAUGCGCGGCACGCGCGGGUACCUCGCGCCCGAGUGGAUCAGCAACGCGGCCAUCUCCGACCGCGCCGACGUCUACAGCUUCGGCAUGGUGCUGCUCGAGCUGAUACACGGGAGGAAGAACCGCGGCGAGCAGGAGGCGGCGGCGCCGGCCAACAACGUCGCCGUCGCUGCCGGCAGCGGCGAGCACUCGGACUUGCCGUCCGGAUGGAGCAGCGCGAUGACGUCGACGGCGAGUGGCACGAGCGGCGGCGGCGACGAGUACUUCCCGAUGCUGGCACUGGAGCUCCAUGAGCAGCGGAGAUACCUGGACCUCGUCGACGCGAGGCUGGAGGGGCGCGUCGACGAGGCCGAAGCGGCACGCACCGUCCGCGUCGCGCUCUGCUGCCUUCACGAGGACCCUGCGCUGCGGCCGAGCAUGGCCACCGUGGUGCGGAUCCUGGAAGGCAGCGUGCCGCCGCCGGAGCCGCGGGUCGAGGCGCUCGGCUUCCUCCGGCUCUACGGCAGGAGCUAUCCCUUGCCGGUGCCGGGUUCGUUGACCGCCAUGGCCGGUGGUGGCUCGCAUUUGGACGAGUCACUGAAGGACACGUCAGCACCAAGAUAGCACUAUGAAGACCGAGCUGCAUAUCAUCCGGCACAUAUGACGUGGCACUGUACAAUUGUCCGCAGUGCCGACGUGGCAGUACACCUGUCCAUUAUAGAAUCCAUGGAACCGAUUAACCUGACGUAAUACUCCCUGGACGAUAAUCUGCAAUGCUGCAUACUUUCGUCGGUUCCUCCCGUGGUUAUAUGCUUGGCAGUAUCUGCAGUUCUUCAUCUGAUAAAGAAGAAGAGAAAACUGAUCCAUGAGGUGUGGACAGGUUGAAAAACACAAAAGAAUGGCUGCCAUAGAUUAAAAGAACUAUGCCAACUUGUCCAUGUACUAGAGCAUUAGACAAAGUUAGCUUUGAAGCUGGUGACAUGGACAGAUGAUAAAAUGAUUGCUGAUUAAUUAGUACUCCCUCCGUUUCACAAUAUAAGUCAUUCUAGCAUUUUCCAUAUUUAUAUUGAUGUUGAUGAUUCAUCAACAUCAAUAUAAAUAUGGAAAAUACUAGAAUGACCUUAUAUUGUGAAACGAAGGAAGUAUAUAUGAUCUGCCCGGUACAUUUGUUUGGGAAGUAGAGAAGGCUGUAAACUGUACUUAAAACCAGGAAAAGAAAACAGAGAUAAAUAAACGGCAUACACUUGUAAUC